AUGUCCAAUAUAUUAUAGAGGAUGGUCACUAAAGAGGCCAAGAGGAGACAAGUGGAGAGUCGCUUAUUAAAUAAAUCAUAACAAACAUUCAGACAACUCAUUCCAGAUUUGAAAUCUCCUAAUAAACCACCUCAAGUCUCAACUGCACUUGAGUAGUUUAAGAGUAAAUUUACAGAAGGUAAGUACGUUUUUUAAAUUGAAUAACAACGAAAGAACCAACUAGAUGAAGUAUUCUAGAGAGUGCAAUUACCAAUUAAAAGAGACUUCUUGGAUGUAUUAUUGCAAUAAUUUGAAACUGAAUUAUGGAGAGUUUGUAAUGAAUAGAAUCUCCAGUACUUAAGUGAUCGAUAUUUGAGUUAUCAAUUAUCAAAUAACAAGUUUCUUAAACAUCUCGUCUAAUAUGUGGAUGAGUAGAGAGAGAAGGCUGAACUCGCCUUGGGAUAGUUGGCAGGCAAAGAAGCAACGAUUAAUGAGUUGUAAAAUAAAUAUGCACAACUAUAGACGAUGUUUCAACAAUUGUCUCACAACAAAGACGAUGGAUAGACUAAGCUGAAUAAAAAUGAAAGUGUCAAAAGAUAGAAAGAAUUGUAUAUGGAGAAUGUGAGAUUGAAGAAUGAAAUUGAAAGAAUUCAAGAUAAAUUAAAACAAAUCGAAAAUCAAACUAAUAUUCAGAAAUUACAAGAAUAAUACUAAGAAUUAGCAAGAAAAUCAAGUGAGAAAAUACAUGAACUCUUGAAUGAAAAUCAAAUUAAAGAAAAAUAACUAUAAAAACUCAAUCUACACUAUUAGAACAUCAAAUCUCAAUAUAGUAAAUUAGAAAAUGAAUCCAAAGCCUAUUAAACGGUAUUUGAAGCCAAUAAGUAACAUCUCGAUCGAUUGAUUAAGGAGAAUGAAAUUCAUACAAACUUAAUGAAUAGAUACAGGGAAAUUGCUUGUAUGCAGAGAGAAGACUUUGAAGUGAGAAUCAUGUAUUACAAGGAAGAAUUAAGUGUAGCAUCUAAAGCUAAAGAUAAGUUGAUAUAAUUGUAAUCAAAAUUAGAUCGAUUUCAAAUAGAGAAAUCUAAAGACAUAGAACCAUUACCCAAUAAUAAUUUUGAGAAAGAAAAGACAGGCUUGGAGAAAUUUAAUGAUUUAUUUAGUAAUGAUAAGACUUAUUAGCGUCUGACUUAUCAGGCUCUGCAAGAGGAAAAAGGGAGAAUUGUAUCUAGAGUGGGACAUUCAAUAGUAACUAUGGAAUAGCACUUUAAUGCAUAGGAAAUACAGUUGGAGAAAUUCACAAUUGGAUAUUGUCCAUUUGUCAAUUUGGUUGAGCAUCACAAGAAGACACUCGAACAAGAGUUUAGUGGAUUGCAAUAUAAACGACCAAAUCUAUAAUUGUUAGUUACAUUAAGAGUUAUUCUUGAUAGUAAAUGGAAUGAAAUGUAGAUGAAACCAGAGAAAUUGUGGACUCAUUUAGCAGAAUUCACAUAUUCUCAUUUAAUGAAUUUUAAAGUCGACAUGUAAACCAAAUCUAUCAAAAAGAUUGAUCAAGAUGUUCAUCGUAUAGAUGAUCAGAUUAUUAAAUUUAUAGUGGAUUUCAGUAAUCCUGUAUUUGAGAAGAAUUGGGAAUGCAUAACAUUCUAAGAAUUCUUAAAUGAUUUUACUAGUUAAGAUGAGAUCUAUUUCUAUUUGUAUGCUCGAAACCUCUUAUUCCGUGGACCUGAAUGUUUUCAUGCCACAGCAUACUAUGAACCGCAUCAUUACAUUCCAUUGUUGUAGGCUGAGUUUGUAGCCACUCAUAUACUCUCACAAUAUGAAACUGCCACACUCUAAUAAGUCAAGAAGGUCUUGAGAGAAAAAGCAGUCAAUAAGACCAUCACUAAGAAUCUUUUCAUUGUAGAUGCUUCUUUUGUUUUGAGAAUAUUGCUUGAAUUCUACAGAGUAGAACGUAGAAAUAGAUACAAGAUGUUUAAAAUAGCAUUCGGGAGCAGAGCCACAAAUAUCAGUUUCAAACUAUUCAGAGUUGUAUUAAUUAGCAAUUAUCCUUACAUUACAGACCUUGAAUUAGCAACUCUAUAUAGAGAGGCUUAUUCAUUCACUGGUACUGGAGUAUCGAUUGAUUCCUUUUACACUAUCGCUUCUGAAACUGGGUUUUUUGUUAAGCAUCUCAAAUUAUAAAAUCUUACUACUCAACCUAAGAUUGUUAAUAAGGAAUUCGUAUUUGAACCUGAUACUCAACCCUUCCUGAUCGUCAAUGAAGCAUACAAGAGAUUUUAAACUUUUUAGAACAAAUUUGAAUCAAUUCUAAUUGAUUUUGGUUUGGAAGAGUUGUUUGCUUAAUUUAGAGAAUUGGAUAAUCUAAUCUAAUAGAAAUUUGCUCCUCUUUAAUACAAUCAGAAAACAUUAUCCUAGAUCAUUGAACAUUAUAUGAGUCUAUUUAGAAAUAUCAAUAAUAUCAUUUGCAGCAGACUCUUCCUCUAAGAUUAGGUUCAAUAAGGGUAAGAGUUUCUAGUCAAACAUGAGGAAAAGAUGAAAUUCAAUAAAGACUAGAAUAAAGAGGCCUAAUUUUAUUCAGGUGAUAAUUUUAAUAAACAAUAUUUAAGAAGAGAAGAUUUCAUUCCUGAUAUUGAGAUAUUGAAAGGACAGAUGGAUUGUCUGGAACAUCUAGGCUCAUAUUUAGAAUCAUACGAAUUAGUGAAAAAAAGAAGAGAUUACAGAAUGACAAUUUAAGCUAAGAAAAUACAGAAGUUUGUUAAGAAGAAAAUGAAUAAAUUUUAUAGUUUUGUAAGUUCUUUGUUGAGUGCCAAAUUUAAAGCUUCUCUUAAAUAAGGCAAAUGA